AUGGCAUCCAGGGGAACGGUGGUGCGGCACGGCCGCAGGGCAGGGUCCGGUAGAACAGGGUUGUCUUUAUUCAUUCUUACCUCUGUCUCUCUUUCAGGCCCCUCAGCCGAGGAAGACAAGUGGCCCACACAAGCACCGGACCUGCGACAGGUCACCGUCUUGCCCAGAGCUGAAUGGUUAAGAAUUCAAGAUAGCUUGAACCGGGUCGACAGGUUCCGAGACACAAUCCGAGAGGCGGCUCAACAAAGAGAGGCCUUGCAUCUGCGCUCAAAGGAGAUGGUGAAAUUCUGGUCCAAUACCAUAGCCGGGCAAAGGCAAAAGAAGCUCGAGGCAAAGAAGAUUCAGGAGGAGACUGAGGAAGAAAAGAGGAAAUUAAUUGACAUAGAGGAGGCGAAAUUCCAGGAGCAAAUGAGGAAGGAGGCUAUUGAAAAAGCCAAGGCUCAGCUGUUCUAUCAAACUGACCGGGUCAAAGGAUUGCAUAGCGCCCUCUUGCUGACCAAAGUUUUGCAGGAGAGGGAAGCGCAAAUUGAACUGAAGCGAAGAAGAGAGAGUAACUCCAAAGACAUGGACAAGGAAUUGACAGAUACGAUACAGGCCAGAGAGGAUGAAGCUGCGAGGCAGGAGCAGCAGAGAGCGCUCUGGAAGAAGCUCGACAGAGAGGCUGUUGUGGAGGAGCUGAAAAAGCAAACACAAGCAAAAGAAGUGGCGCGAGAGCGAGACAAACUAGAGGACAAGAAGGAGGGAGAGGAGAUCCAGCGCCUUCACAAACUUUAUCUCUUGGAGCAAAGCAUGGAGAGACAAAAACAAGUGGAGCGGAAGAAGACCACUAAGCAGGCUCACAUGGAGCACCUCGCCAAUAGAGACAACAUACGAGCGAUUGAGGGUCAAGAGCGGCAGGUAGAAGAAGGGCGGAGGAAAUGUUUUCUCUCUGGAAAGCAAAAAAUGAUGAAGUUGAGGAAAGACAAAGAGCUGGAGCUGUUUAGAGAGACACAGAUGCACAGGGACAGGAUUAUAGAUAAGAUAGCUGCAGGACAGCAGGAGCAGGCCAUCGAUGAAGAGGAGCUAACUGCAAAAGCCAUUGCUGAGCAAGAAGCGAAACAAGCACAGCAGCAGAGGAAGAAGGAUGAGGAGAAAGCUGCGAUGUUGAAGUCUAUCAGCGAACACAGAGAAUUAACGACACGGGCACAGGAGCAGAAGGACAUGACAGAACACAAGGACUGUCUGGCCCUACUUCAGGCCAGGAGAGAAGCUGACAGAAUCUUUUUGGAGAAACAACUGCUGAAGGCUCAGAAAACCAAAGAGGAUCGAAGAGCUUUACAAGAAUAUUACGUCAAUCAAAUGGCUGAAAAACGUGCCUGGGAUCAGCAACUAAAAGACAGGCAACAAGAUUUUGAAGCGAAGACCGCAGAGCUGGUCGCUGAAGAGGAGGGGCAGUUCCAGCAGUACGCGAAACAUGUAAUAGACGCUGCAAAAGACCCCCGGUCGAAUGUAUUUCCCCUUCGCAAGGCUGCGAGGGGCGGAAUCGGAGGUGGACUCGGUCCCGUUGUCGGUGGGCUGAGGCCUAGCUACCUCGUUCAGGAUGACACAGGUGUUCAGCUGCCAAAGUAUGUCUGUAGUACCACCCAAAACAUCAAGGGGCUAAACGAGACCGUAGAUAUUGAGCGUGCCAAGAAAAGACUUGGCCUCACCUGGUCUUAGUUCCUGUAAGGCAGCUAGCUUAUAUUUCAGUGGGAAAUUCUGGGAAAAAAUAAACAAACGCUUGAUCACUGGAUUAGGUUUAGAUCACUGUUUCAUUCCUU